AUGAUAAAAAAAAAUGAAGAGGAUGUGACAAUGAGUACAUUGGAAUUGAAACAAGUAUUAACGGGACACAGAGGAAGAGUUUGGAAUGUUUGCUGGCAUCCAAAGGGUAGUGUACUUGCAUCCUGCGGUGAAGAUAAGACGAUAAGAAUAUGGGGAAUGGAGGGACCGAAAUGGGCUAUGAAAAUGAUAUUGGCUGAAGGACACACUCGUACGAUACGAGAAAUAUCAUGGUCGCCGUGCGGUAAAUACAUUGGAUCAGCUAGUUUUGACGCUACGACUGCGAUAUGGGAUCAGAAAUCUGGGGAAUUUGAGUGUAAUGUCACCUUGGAGGGUCAUGAGAAUGAAGUAAAGAGUGUUAGCUGGUCUAAUAGUGGUGAAUUGAUAGCAACCUGCAGUAGAGAUAAAUCUGUAUGGAUUUGGGAGUGUAAUAACCAUGAAGAUUAUGAAUGUGCUUCUGUUAUCAAUGCUCACACUCAAGAUGUUAAAAAGGUUCGCUGGCAUCCCCAUGAAGACGUAGUAGCCUCAGCAAGUUACGACAACACGGUUAAAUUAUUUAAAGAAGAUCCAGCCGACAAUGAUUGGUUUUGUUUUGCAACUUUAUCGUCACACACAUCAACUGUUUGGAGCUUAUCAUUCGACUCAACCGGUACGCGUCUGGUAACCUGUAGUGAUGAUCAAACAGUAAAAAUUUGGCAGGAAUAUAAGCCGGAUAAUAAUGCUGGAAUACCAACACCUGACAACAAUCCCGUAUGGAAGUGUGUCUGUACUCUGUCCGGCUAUCAUACCAGGACUGUUUAUGAUGUUGACUGGUGCAAAAAGACUGGAUUAAUAGUAACAGCCUGCGGCGAUGAUACGAUAAGGAUAUUUCGCGAAGAAAGUGAUUCAGAUAUUAAUCAACCUACAUUCAAUUUAGUUUGCUCGCACGAAACUGCCCACACGCAAGACGUUAAUUCCGUACAAUGGAAUCCAGUGUUUGCUGGACAGCUCGCGUCUGCUGGUGAUGACGGAAAAAUGAUACAACGUCAACUGGUAAAUAGUUUAAUACUAACGCGUAGUAUGUCAGGAACAACCGGUUUACCAUUACAAAAAGUUAUCCAGGCAUUGAAUAACUUUGCUGAUAAAUCAUUAGCUGCGUCAUGGGACAACGUGGGCUUGCUUAUUGAGCCAUCAGAGCCUAAAAGUGUAUCACGUAUCCUACUUACUAAUGAUUUAACUGAGAGAGUCAUGCAGGAAGCUAUUGAUCAUAAAACUGAUCUGAUUGUUUCGUAUCAUCCGCCGAUAUUUGCACCACUAAAACGACUUACUACUGCUGCGUGGAAGGAACGCAUUGCUUUAAAAUGUAUUGAGAAUAAAAUCGCUCUCUACUCUCCUCAUACCAGCUUCGAUUCAAUCCGUGGUGGAGUCAAUGACUGGCUAGCUGGUGCAUUUGAUAUCAAAACAAGUAUACCUAUAGAGCCGAAUUCAGUUGACGCAAACAAUGGGAUGGGCAGAUUCUGCACUCUAACCAGUCCCAUAACCGAUCAAGAAGCAGUAAAUCUUGUUAAGCGUCGGAUUAAUCUUAAUUAUGUCCGUCUCGCACGUGUCCACAGUCCAGGAGCAUCUGUGCUGAAGAGCGUAAAAGCGGAUCUUUUUGUAACCGGUGAGAUGCUACAUCACGAUAUUUUGGACGCUGUCCACAACGACACAGUAGUGAUCCUGACCAACCAUUCAGACUCCGAGCGUGGUUUUUUGAAAGAGUUCGCUGAUAUUCUCCAUAAAUCACUGAGCGAUUCCGUUGAUAUAAAUGUAUCUAAAAUGGACACUGAUCCACUUAUGACUGUUUAA